GAUGGUCUAUGCCGAACCGGCUGGAUUGAUGCUUACUCGCGCCGCUGUUCAGCCGUGGCGCAGUUACGCAGGAUGAAACUAGCUGAAUAUUCAUCCCUGAGCAAUAUUUACCAUUAUAGAUUGUCAGUCGAGCUACUAUUUACCAACAAUCAUAAGUCAAUCCUCCGUUUAUAAGUCUUUGAUAUAAAGAUUCAACUUGAGUGUAUACAUUUUUAUUCCCCGCCUCACAUCAACUUACUAUCUCCCGUCAACCUCCUUAGCGAUAAUGACAGCCAUUCGUAAAGUUGUUAUUGCCGAGUUCGGUGAUGUCGACGUUGUCAAAGUAGUUGACGAUGUUUGCCUACCCCCACCCCCAGGCCAUGUCCAAAUAGCGGUUGAAUACGCAGCCUUUACUGGCGGCGAUGUCAACAUGCGAAAGGGUAUUUACCCUUUUCAAAAGAGCCCACCUUUCACUCCUGGGUAUAGUUUGGUCGGGACGGUCCGCGCCAAUGGUGAAGGUUGCAAAGCAUUUCAGCCCGGCGAUGUCGUAACGGUUCUGUCCAAGUACGACGCCGAAGCAGAACUUGUCAACCAACCCGAAAAAUACUGCAUUAAAGUACCCGAUGGCGUGGACCACCAGCAAGCAACGGUGCUGCCGUGCGACUGGAAUACGGCAUAUGCGAUGGUUAUGGAUUCGGCAAAGGUUUCGGAGGGUCAAAGAGUGUUCAUCCACGGUAUCAGCGGGUCCGUUGGUACGGCUCUCAUGACUCUUUGCAAGUUAAAGGGAGCCGAAGUAUACGGCACGGCUAGUCAGCGCAACCACGAUGACAUCCGCGCGUACGGCGCCACGCCGUUCGUAUACACGGAUAAGAAGUGGAUGGACAAGAUGAAAGAAAUGGGGGGUGCGCACGCCGUCUUCGACCCGCUCGGCUUCGACAGCUUCGACGAGAGCUUCUCCAUUCUAACACCGGACGGCAUACUCGUAGCCUACGGGAACAACGGGAAAACGCUUGACGGACAUAAUAAGAGCCCAACGUGCCACAUCAUAAAAAUGUUCGCGCGCGGCCUUAACCCGCUGAACAGUAAACGCACCACCUUCUACGGAGUCUCCCGUCAAUCGUCUACGUAUAAACCCCAUGUCACGACCUUGUUGAACAUGGUGAGGGACGGGACCAUCAAGGUCCCGAUCAAGAAAAUCUGGGACUUGGAGGAUAUUCAGAGUGCGCAUCGGGAAUGGGGUACCGGGAGCGGGAUCGGGUCUCUGCUGAUUAGGAUUCCUCAGAAGUAAAGCUCAUUGGCGAACUACUUUACUCACUAGGUAUUCUUUUUUGUUUGGAGGUUCAUUUGAACACUAUAGCGCAUGGGGUGUUUGAUGGUAGCGAGUUGAGUACGUGGUUAGAUUGGACUUUUAAUGUAACUGUAUGCAUUAUGAUAUAUAGAAGA